AUGUCUCACAAGAGUGUCCUGGGGCCUGGGGCUCGGCCAGGCACAUCGGCUGGCGAAUGCUCAGACCCCGGAGCAUCACAGUGCGCCGAGGUGCUCUGCAAGCACGACUGGCGAAGCAGCAUGAAACAGCCUCAAGUGCAUUUUUGGAGGCAUGCGUGCCCCUUCCAUCCUCCAAGAGAUAGCCGGCGCCGCUUUUUCCACAAAAUGGAGUCGCCAAGAGUUUUUUGCGUUAGCUUGAAUGCUUCGCCCUGCUUCCAACGCUUUACAGGAGGCAGCGGCCCUUUUCAAUUCAGUGUGACCUUUCAGGUUCCUUGGAACGAUUAUUCCAAAGGUGAUGCUAAAGUUGGAAGUUCGCAUGGAGGUUUCAUUUUCAUUAGAAACUGA